AUGUUUAAUGUUAUCGAACUUAAUGAAUCUUUUAGACAAGAAAAUAUUGAAUUUUUUAACGCUUUAAACAAAAUACGAAUUGGAAAAGUAUCUGAUAAAACGGUCGAUUUAAUAAUGACAAGACACUUUGAAGUCGAUCAUAAUAUAAAUCCAAAUUACAUACGUUUGUUUUUUACAAAUAUGGAAGUUGAUUUUUAUAACUCGCGUCAAUUAAUGAAUAUUCCUUCUGAUGAACAUUGGUUUCAUUCUAAAGAUGUUAUUAAAAAUUCAAAAAUAAAUCCGAUGUUUCAAAUACCUUAUUGUAUAAAUAUUAAAAUAGGUGCUGUAGUCAUGUUAGUACAAAAUAUAAACGUCGAAGAAGGUUUAUGUAACGGUACGAUUAGCGUUGUAUCAUUUAUAGAAACAGAUGGUGUUUGGGUUAUUAUAAAUGGUAAAGAACUUAAAAUCGAAAACGUGAGAGAGGACAUUUUAGAUUGUACUCAUAAUAUUAUUGCAUCUAGAAUCGGUUUACCUUUACAAUUAGCAUUUUCUUUAACUGUUCAUAAAGCGCAAGAUGAAGAUUUUAUUGAAGGAAUUGAAUUAAACGGUCAAAUUCAAACAACUGAAGAAAUCACUCAUCACAUUAAUCAAAAAACUCAAGAUAGUUUUCUUAUUGAAACAAAAAAAGCGUCAUCAUUUGCUGAUUUAUUUCAAAAAAUUUUAAUUGGUUAUAAUAUUGUAACACUUUGUGGUAAAUCUACAGAAGACGGUCAUUUUUUAACAUUUUGGAAAAUGAUAGCGGAUGGAGAUUAA